AUGAUUGAGUGGGCUAUUUCAGCUGCUUUGAUACCCCUCCAGACAUUGAUUGGUGCUCUCACGGCGAGAGUAGAGACUUGUGAGAUAGUACAGGGGGUUACUUCUGAGGUUACGACUUUGAAAGCUGAGGUUUCUGAUUUGAGGAAGGAUGUGGACUAUCUGAAGUCCACAGACUUCACUUCACUGUUUGGGUUAGUUGAGGCUCCAGGUGUUCCGUCUAGUUCUAAUAUGUCUCCGGCUACCGCCGGAGAUGAGCCUAUGGAUGAUGUGGCUGCUACUGAGUUAGAGGCGGAGAUGGAUGAGGAGAUGUUUGAUGCUUAG